AUGCGCCCGGCCUGUGCAGACACCCACAGGCACGAGGCAGCUCUCUGUGCCAUCAGUGCGGCCGCGGUGGCCAUUCCCCUGCUCCUUACCUGCCUCUCCUGUGGCUGCACUGUGGCCGCCAUCGUGAGGAUGGAUUCAGCCCAGGGAAAGCGCCGGGCCUUCUCCACCUGUUCCUCCCACCUCGUGUUCUCCCGCAGUAUGGGUGUGGAGAUUGGCUCCUGUGAUCCUUGCAGGAGAGUCCCAAAACAACAACAGCCAAUGAGCAGGGCUGUCGUGGAGAAUGGUGGAGAGGACCAGAGGAGGAUUGAGAGCAGGGAAAGGGGGCAGCGCCUGUGCCAUCAGCAGGCCCGACGCAUUGAGUACGUGGAGGGUGCAAACCAGACUGGAAUGAUUCACUUCCACUUCCACCCCUUCUCCAAACUCCCCGAGGUACGGAUGCUGAUUUUCGUGACCUUCCUGAUUACCUACCUGGUCAACAUCAGCGGCCACCUCUCCAUUUCUCUCAUCAUCUGGAUUGGCCGUUCUCUCCACGCCCCCGUGUACUUCUUCCUGGCCAACUUGGCAGCUCUGGAGAUCUGCUACUCUUCCACCGUUGCCCCUCUGACUCUGACAAGCACCCUGUCCGUGGAGAAAACCCUCAUCUCCCUGCCUGGCUGCGGUGCCCAGAUGUCCUUCUUCAUAUUCCUGGGCAGCGCUGACUGCAUUCCGCUGGCCGUCAUGGCCUAUGCCAGGGCACGUGGGGUCUUAUUUCCUCAACCAAGGAUUGAACCUGCGCCCCCUGCAGUGGAAGCAUGGAGUCUUAAUCGCUGGACCACCAGGGAAGUCCCUACUUUGUGACUUUCAGAGGGAGAUGUAGCAGUAUACGUCAUUGUCACUAUCCUCAGCAUCAGGUGAAAAGUCUGUGCUCUGCUUUGGACUUCUCUCCAGAUGUAGUUCUCAGGUUCUCAGCAUUGCACAUAUGGGCAGGGGCAGAGCCAAGAAUAAGAGGCAAAUCAAACCAGGACCAUCCCAGUCGUGAUUCCCAUUAUGUAAAUGGUGAGUCUGUGCCGCUUUGAAUUAUUUAUCUUUCAUCCUAAAUUAUCUUCCAGGGAAAAGUGAUAGGGAAAGCACUAGCGUUUGA